CGUUAGACGUCUUGAUUUAAUAUAAAACUAGCAUGAUGGCCGUCACGUUGUUAUGACAAGAGAUACGUCAAAUCUGUAAUAUUUCUUAAAACGGACUGGACCGGCUGUUUUAGUAUCUCUUGAUUUCGUUAAAGUUAAAAAUUGCUUCUGAAUUCUUCAUGUACACGCAAACAAUAAAAAUGCCGGUUCAGAAGGAUUCAAAUAUCGUGAAAAUUGCUGUUCAGAUGACGGAACAAGUAGCACAACUCAUUGAAUUUAAUCAAAAACAUCCUCUUACUGGAAUUAUUCAAGAACUAUGCAAUGCGUGGGGUCUUUCUGAUCCUGAAUCGUAUUCGUUACAAUUUUCAGAAAAUAAUAAUAAAAAUUAUAUCACGGAAAAAAAUCGUAAUGAAGUAAAAAAUGGUAGUAUUUUAAGAUUAGAAUUCUCCCCCUCAAAAACAGCUUGUGAUAUUUUAGCAAAACUUAACAAUGGGACUAUGGAAGAAAAAACUGCUGCUUUGCAAAAAUUAAGCACCCUUAGCACAGAUAUGACAUUUGCAUUAGAAUUUAUUAAUAAACAAGGAUUAGCUUUAAUUAUAUCACAGGUGGAAGGUGAAAAAUAUAAGGGAAAUGCACUUGCAUAUUCACUUCAGUCAUUUGUAGAACUAAUGGACCAUGGAAUUGUCUCAUGGGAUAUAUUAGAAACACCCUUUAUUAAUAAAGUAGCAAGUUAUGUAAACAAUCAAGCUGUAAUCCAAGAUACCAGUAUUAUUGAAGCUUCACUUAGCAUUCUUGAAAAUAUAGUAUUAAAUUCUUCAGGAAAAUAUGGACAAGUUGAAAAAGAAGUAACUUUUCCUAAUUUAGUGAUGCAUUUACAAAGUGCACGUCCACAGAUACAACAAAAUGCAAUAGCUCUCAUAAAUGCUUUAUUUCUUAAGGCUGAUUUAUGUAAACGUAGAGUUGUUGCUGCAACUCUCCAAUCUAAACAAGUUAGAAAUUUAUUUUUAACAAAUAUUAUACAAUCUACUGGUCAGGUUGGUGCAGAAAUGGCACAUCAAUUAUAUGUAUUACAAACACUUAUGUUAAGUUUGUGGGAACAGCGUAUGAUGACAAAUAUGGAUCCACAAGAUCAAGAUGCACAUGACAAAAUUAAAGAACUUCGAAGAAUUGCUUUUGAUACUGAAGGAGCCAUAGGUGGAGACGUUACAGCUAGAAAACAAGGCCUUUUCGCUAAAGACUACAAAAAACUGGGUUUUAAAUAUGAUAUUAAUCCUGCUCUUGAUUUUACUGAAACUCCUCCUGGCAUGCUUGCUUUAGAUUGCAUGGUUUAUUUUGCACGGAAUCAUACUGAAGCUUAUACUAAAGUUGUUCUAGAAAACUCUUGCAGAGCAGAUGAACAUGAAUGUCCCUUUGGUAGGACAAGUGUGGAACUUGUUAAAUUACUUUGUGAAGUUCUACGUAUUGGAGAAGCACCCAGUGAACAAGGGCAAUCAUAUCAUCCUAUGUUUUUUACACAUGAUCAUCCAUUUGAAGAAUUCUACUGUGUAUGCAUAGUUCUUCUAAAUAAAACUUGGAAAGAAAUGAGAGCCACUACUGAGGAUUUUGUAAAAGUGUUUUCUGUUGUAAGAGAGCAAAUCACAAGAGCACUUCAAUGUAAACCUACAGGAUUGGAUAAAUUCAAAAAUAAAUUACAACAAUUAACGUAUUCAACGAUUACUAAUUUAUGGCAACAAGAAAGAACUAGUAGAGAAGAAUGGGAAAGUCAUGCAAGGCCAAUAGUUGAACUGAGAGAACAAAUUACACCUGAAAUUUUAGAGCUUAUUCAACAACAACGCUUAGGAUUUUUAGUAGAAGGCACUAGAUUUAUGAAGUAUAGUGCUAGAGGACAGAGAAUCAAGGAUAAAUUCUGGUAUGUUCGGCUUUCACCAAAUCAUAAAGUAUUUCAUUAUGGUGAUUGUGAUGAAAAAUCAGUACCAACAAUAGAUGAACUUCCUACAAAAUUAGCUGUAGUUGAAAUUCGUGCUUUAUUGACUGGCAGAGAUUGCCCACAUAUGAAAGACUUGCAGAGACGAAAAACUACGCAUCAGUUAGCAUUCUCCUUAAUUCUAGAUUCUGUAGAAGUUUCAAGCCUAGAUUUUGUUGCUCCUGAUGAACAAGUUUUCGAUUAUUGGACCGAUGGUAUUAAUGCUUUACUUGGUAAUAGAAUGACCAGUAAAGAGGCAGAAAAUGACCUGGAAACAUUAUUAUCUAUGGAUAUUAAAUUGAGACUCUUGGAUACAGAAGGAAUUGAUAUUCCUCAAGAUCCGCCUGCAAUUCCAGAUCCUCCGCCAAAUUAUGAUUUUUGCUACGAAUUGAAGUAA